AUGGGAAUUUUUGAAAAAAGUCAAGCCGUAACAGCCUAUGAUGAAGAAGAAGCACAACACUGUGUGUAUGCUAUGCGGCUGGUGAGUUCCUCAGUGCUGCCCAUGGUGUUGAAUGCAACCAUUGAACUGGAUGUAUUCGAAAUUCUUGCUAAAGCUGGUCCAGGAGCACAACUGUCGCCUCAGGAAAUUGCAUCCCAUAUGCCUGCUAAAAAUCCUGAUGCACCUGCUAUGCUGGACCGGAUGCUAAGGCUCCUGGUUAGCAACUCAAUUCUCACUUGCUCUGUCGUUGAUGCUGGCGGUAGCGGAGACAUCCAGAGACACUACGGGCUGGCACCCGUGGCCAAAUACUUCGUUCGGAACGAAGAUGGUGUAUCUUUUCACCCUCUGUUAGCCUUGAUUCAAGAUAAGGUCUUCAUGGACAGCUGGUAUGAGUUGAAAGAUGCAGUGCUCGAAGGAGGAAUCCCAUUUGACAAGGUACAUGGUACUCAUGCAUUUGAUUAUCCUGGAAAGGACCCUAGGUUCAAUGAAAUCUUCAACAAGGCAAUGACCAACCAUACAACGAUUGUCAUGAAACAAAUUCUUGAUCACUACAAAGGUUUCGCGAACAUCAAAACGUUGGUGGAUGUAGCUGGCGGUCUUGGAGUCAACCUCAACAUGAUUACAUCCAGAUAUUCGACGAUCAAGGGUAUUAAUUUCGAUCAGCCACAUGUUAUACAGCGAGCACCGUUCUAUCCCGGCGUGGAACACAUUGGAGGAGAUAUGUUUGAAAGUGUUCCUGGUGGAGAUGUCAUUUUCAUGAAAUGGAUACUUCAUGAUUGGAGUGAUGGGGACUGUUUGAAAUUGCUUAAGAACUGCUACAAGGUUCUACCAGAAGAUGGAAAGGUAAUUGUGGUUGAGUUUAUUCUUCCAGUUAAACCUGACACUAGUACUUCUAUGAUCAGCACAAGCCAAGUUGAUCUGAUUAUGAUGACUCAAAAUCCGGGUGGAAAAGAACGAUCAGAAGCGGAGUUUCUUGCAUUGGCAACAAAAGCUGGGUUUCGGGGCAUGAGAUAG